AUGACUUCUCGCGAUAAAUAUGUUCAUUCUCAGCCGAAUCAUGCGAGGAUUGAUGCAUCUGCAAAUUUAGCUAGUAGCACUUUAGAAUACUGGCCAAGUCCUGUACAUGAUGAUCAUGACCGUCUCAACCUUGAACUCAGAGAGAAAGUCGAUGGACUUCGUAGUCUUUCGAUAAAAAUAGGAGAUGAAUUACGAUCUCAAAAUAGCUUACUCGGAGAUAUGGCCGGAGCUUUUGAUCGGUCCGAAGGUGUUCUUCGCUCUACAAUGUCUCGAUUAUCUCGAAUGGCUAAACAGAAUUUAUCCUCUGGAUUAUGCUGUUAUACUUUUAUGUUGAUUAGGUAAACUUUCAUUUCCAAACUUACGCCUGUCCUAUCCACUUCCAGCAAUUCUUCCUGUGCUGGAAUCUGGUUUGUUCUCUCCCAUAAUCAAAGAUGAAAUAUGAUAUGCUGAUGAUUUUACUUUAUUUCAAAUUCUUAUUCUUUUUUUGGUAAAGUUAAUAUUGUAAUGCGAUUUCAUACAAUAAGUUUUUCCCUUUAUAAAUUUGAAUAAUGCAAAAAAAAACUGACGCAGAAUAAUA